AUGUUCAUUUUGUUUUCCAGAAUAGGCUACCAGAUUCCACUGUUUGCUGGCUUCUGCAUCAUGUUCGUGUCAACAAUCAUGUUUGCCUUCUCUGGAAGCUACACAUUACUGUUCAUUGCCAGGUCCCUUCAAGGAGUGGGUUCCUCUUGUUCUUCGGUGGCAGGGAUGGGUAUGCUCGCCAGUGUAUACACAGAUGAUGAAGAGAGAGGCAACGCAAUGGGAAUUGCACUAGGAGGCCUUGCUAUGGGAGUAUUAGUGGGCCCACCUUUUGGGAGUGUCAUGUACGAGUUUGUGGGGAAGAGUUCUCCUUUCCUGGUGCUGGCAGCACUAGCUCUGCUAGAUGGAGCUGUUCAAUUAUUUGUUCUCCAGCCAUCCAGAGCACAAGCAGAGAGUCAGAAGGGGACACCAUUACUGACACUUUUGAAGGACCCGUAUAUCAUUAUUGCAGCAGGAUCGAUCUGCUUUGCGAACAUGGCUAUUGCUAUGCUUGAACCAGCUUUACCCAUCUGGAUGAUGGAGACCAUGUGUUCAAAAAAAUGGCAGCUUGGCGUUGCUUUUGUUCCAGCCAGUAUCUCUUAUCUCAUUGGGACUAAUCUUUUUGGGAUACUCGCGCACAAAAUGGGAAGGUGGCUUUGUGCUUUACUCGGGAUGCUAAUCGUGGGAAUAAGUAUUUUAUGCGUACCAUUUGCUAAAAACAUCUAUGGGCUCAUAGCACCAAAUUUUGGAAUUGGAUUUGCCAUUGGAAUGGUGGACUCCUCCAUGAUGCCAAUUAUGGGCUACCUCGUAGAUCUGCGUCACGUAUCAGUCUAUGGCAGCGUGUACGCGAUAGCUGAUGUUGCCUUUUGCAUGGGCUUUGCCAUAGGUCCUUCUGCUGGUGGUGCCAUUGCAAAGGCCAUUGGAUUUCCCUGGCUCAUGACAAUUAUAGGGAUUGUGGAUAUCCUCUUCGCUCCCCUGUGCUUUUUCCUUCGAAGUCCACCUGCCAAAGAGGAGAAAAUGGCAAUACUCAUGGAUCACAACUGUCCUGUGAAAACAAAAAUGUAUACCCAGAACAACAUCCAGUCCUACCCCAUCGGGGAUGAAGAGGAGGAGUAUGAAAGUGAUGAAUAA